UGUUGGAUUCGACUAUGUCAAAACACUUAUAGCACCAUCGCACGCUCUUGAAGCAGCAUCGUGGAACCCGUCUCUCUAUAGGAACCUGAAACAUCUGAUGAUCUCUUUCUCAUCAGACGGAAGACAAUCCCAGACAACCAGACUCAAGCGCAUCUUCUCCCCACUAGCAAUGCCCCUGACCCCGCGGUUUCCUCCUCAGCUGACGUCUCUCACAAUGACAAAACUCUGGAGAAUUGACGUACCUUUGCUGAAAACUAUUGCAUCUGUGUUCCCUUCUGUGAAGAUUUUGCACCUCAGUUGCUCGGAACAGCUAGACGUCUCUUGCUGCUGGGCUUGCUUUGAAGAAAGCUCAACUGCAGUUGUGCACUCGCCAAUUCCGAACUACUUCAAUGACAUCACGAAAUUGACGGACAACUUCGCGGAUUCAUUGGAACCACUAACCCAGUUGACUGAUCUUCACCUUGGCAUCUUUCUUUCAGACGAGGAAAUGGUGGAAAAGCACAUCGAGCACUACGACACCCCAUUGACCUUCGACCUAUACGCUCCGAACAGCGUUCAUCAACUGGAAACCGAGACUACCACUGGACUCAUAUCCUAUUCAGUGGACCAACAUGACAAAAAAGAAGAGACUCACUUCGGAGCUUGUACCGAAGAUCUACCCUUUCCUCACGGCCCGGAGCUCUGCCGUACAUGCAAGCUCAUCGGAUCCGCCUCCAAGGUACGCACACGAGAGCUGGAGGCAAGUCUCGCGCUCGCAAGGAAAAUCAAGACAUUACGCACGGUCGGUUGGAGUUCGUUCUUCACAUCACAGGUUUUCGAGCCAGACGACAACAAGGUCGGCGAUUGGGGUAGGAGGACUACGGCCUACAUUCUACGCGCGAAUGGGAGGGUGCGGGUGCGUAGGAGACCCUGGUGACGCAUAAUUUUGCAGUCGAAUAAGCAAACGUUUCACACCCAAACCAUGGAAACAUUGUAGCA